AUGAGUCAGAAAUCUAUUCAAAAAGCAGAAGAUAAUAACGCACAAAUUCAAGAUGAAUGUGGCCCAUCAGACGUAAUUAAAGUUGAAGAGGUCGAUCAAUCUGACCAAAUGAAUCAGGAAAAGAUCAUAAAGGAUGUAAAAAAUCAAAAAUAUGUUCUCAUUUCAGACAAAGCCGGUUCUGGUAAAAGUUGGAUGAUGAAAAACUUCAUGGCUAAGCUGAGUGAACUGUAUCCAAAAAAAUGGUUCGUUUAUGUAGAUUUAAAACAGUACAUUACCAAAUUUAAAAAGCAAAAGUCUCAAAUUAAUUUUUUAAACUUUGUUAUUGAGAAUUUAAUUCAAUUCAAAUCAAAGUUUGAAAAGAACUUAUUUAAAAUUUUUUACAAAAACGGCCAAGUUUGUAUUUAUUUUGAUGGAUUUGAUGAAAUUGCACCAGAUUGUGCCAACUUCGUCACAAAAUUGUUUAAGUCAUUUGAUCAAAAUGAAACGAAUCAGUUAUGGAUCGCAACAAGAGAUUUUUUCGAAGUUAAUCUUAAGAAAGAACUGAAUAUCAAUGUAGUUUAUAAGCUAGACGUGUUUAGUGAAGAGCAUGGAAUUAAUCUAAUAGCUUCAAGCUGGAUGCUAAAUCUUCUUGCAAUAAUUGAUGGAUUUAUAGACGAUAAUGGCAAUAUUCAAGGAGCUUAUCUGGACUUUUUAUCUGAUAAAAUCAAUUCAACAUCAGCUCUGCAUGCAGCAGUUUUAAAUUCUAAUAAGGAAGUAAUUGAGUUUUUGAUCAAUAAAUGCUCCAUUUAUAUAAAGGAACUUGAAUUUGAACACCAAAUUGAAGUUUCAACUGCCGCAUUUACAACAAAUCAAUUCGAUAUUUUGUGUAAUUUGGUCCAAAUUUGCGAUUUUCCAUUUCCAAAAGAUUUGAAAUCAGAAUUGAUUGACAACGACUCAUUAAGCAAGUUGAUUGAUUCUAGAGAAAAAUUUCAUAACGACAUUAUUAACGAAAAACUUAAUGAAAUUGAAAAGUUCGCAAAAACGUAUCCAAACCUUAAAAUUGCUUACAAUCUAAAUAAUAAGUCAGCAUUUUGUCAAGCACUAGAUUCAAAAAAAUACGGCACAUUUUACAAACUUAAGGCAUUAAGAUUUUAUGAUCAUUUAAUAGAAUACAAGAUUGAAGAUAGUGAUAAAAAGAAUGCGAAAAAAUUUGCUGUAGCACAACUAAGAGAAAAUGUUGAAAAUGUUGAUGUAUCUUCAACAUCUGCAUCUAAAGGAAAAACAUAUCCAGGAUUAAAAUAUAUAUUCAUUGGAGCAAAAGCAGUAAACAAAGAGCGUGAACAGUUUAUCAAAGGUGUUAUUUCUCAUGAAAUUUGUCACUUCGUCAUGCGUCUAGUGUACGAAAAUAAUGAAAAUCCAUACUACAAAGGUGAUACAAAAACUAAAAACAAAUUCGAUGAAAUCGUAAAAGCUAUUCAGAUAAUGUUAGUUCCACAAAAAAUAGUUGAAGAAAUUGAAGAAUCAUCUGAUGAGAAUAAUAGUUCUGUUGGAGAUAAACAUGAUGAAGAUAAUAACGUUAACGACGAUCAGUGCAAUAAGAUUAUUUCAUCAGUUUAUAAAUCUUAUGAUGAAGAAGAUUGGCAUCCAGAAUUGAUUGUAAGACCAGUGCAAAUUUUAACUCAAUUUGAUAAUGACUCUGAAAAAAUUGCUAUUUUGGAGAAUAAAUACAAACAAUUAUAUCAAUUUUGUGACGACGUGGUGAUUCCUGAACUAGAACAAUUCAAUUUUGAAUUCAGGGAAAAAGUUAAAAAUUUUAACAAUAUGGUUGAGUUUGCAUCAACGUUACAAGACACAAAGAUUGAGUUAACAAAACAAAAUGAGUUUAAUCAAUUAUUACACAACCAAAUUGUUAUCAUAACAUCAAAUAUACCAAGACUUUCAAUGAUUGAAAUAUAUAAACACCUUCGCAAGCAAUAUGGAAUUUUAGUAAUUUCCAAAAAUAUUUUCAUAAAUUCUGAGAAUUUAGACAAUUCUUAUGUUUACAAUAACUUUAAAGACAUUCUUGUUAAAAAAUUGAACUUGAACAUUUUUGUUGAUUGCUCGAAAGGAUUUGCUAAAGCAUUUGAAAUCUUAACUUUAGCAAGAGAAUUAAAAAUUGCUAUUAUUGUUGGGGAAGAAAAACAAAGUGGUGAGUUACUCAGUCAAUGUCAAAAAAAUAAUAUAAAAACUUCCAGUUUAUCACUUAAUUAUGAUUGGUUGGAUCUUACUUUUGAAAGUCAAACUUUUUUACUUAACACAAAAGUAAAUUUUCAAAAUAAAUCCGAUAUAGUUUUAUCUAACUUGAUUUUAAGCAAUGUGGAUACAGCAGGUGACAUAUCAUGUAAAACUGAAGAAUUUUUGGACUUAAUUGAUAACGAGACUUUAAAUUUAUUGAUUGAAAAGUCCAAAAUUUCAAUAAAUUUGCAAACAAUUAAAGACGUUUAUGAUCAAAACUUUAAAAUUCUCUUUCAAACUAGAGAGUUGAUCAAAAACUAUAAAAUUACGAAACAAAUUGUUGACAAAUCGGAAAACGAAAGGCAAGGAAUAUUAAAAUUAUUCAAACAAAAAAAUGCUGAGUCAAAGAAAUUUAUGAGUCAGAAAUCUAUUCAAAAAGCAGAAGAUAAUAACGCACAAAUUCAAGAUGAAUGUGGCCCAUCAGACGUAAUUAAAGUUAAAGAGGUCGAUCAAUCUGACCAAAUGAAUCAGGAAAAGAUCAUAAAGGAUGUAAAAAAUCAAAAAUAUGUUCUCAUUUCAGACAAAGCCGGUUCUGGUAAAAGUUGGAUGAUGAAAAACUUCAUGGCUAAGCUGAGUGAACUGUAUCCAAAAAAAUGGUUCGUUUAUGUAGAUUUAAAACAGUACAUUACCAAAUUUAAAAAGCAAAAGUCUCAAAUUAAUUUUUUAAACUUUGUUAUUGAGAAUUUAAUUCAAUUCAAAUCAAAGUUUGAAAAGAACUUAUUUAAAAUUUUUUACAAAAACGGCCAAGUUUGUAUUUAUUUUGAUGGAUUUGAUGAAAUUGCACCAGAUUGUGCCAACUUCGUCACAAAAUUGUUUAAGUCAUUUGAUCAAAAUGAAACGAAUCAGUUAUGGAUCGCAACAAGAGAUUUUUUCGAAGUUAAUCUUAAGAAAGAACUGAAUAUCAAUGUAGUUUAUAAGCUAGACGUGUUUAGUGAAGAGCAUGGAAUUAAUCUAAUAGCUUCAAGCUGGAUGCUAAGUGAGAUUAAUCACGAUAUUGCCAAGAAUUCUAAAGUUGAGAUUUUAAAAUAUAUUAAAAGUUUGCCAGAUUUCAAGAAUUAUUUAAAAAUUGCCAGAAAAAUCAAUAAAAAAGUGUCAAAGUCACAAAAUGCUACAAUUGGAUCUCCUCAAUUCUACAAAAUGUCCUACAACUCAAAUGACAUUAACCAAAUCAUAUUUAACGAAUUUGACAUUUCUAGUAAAAAUUUAAUUCGCUGUUCUGCAUGUCACACAACUGGUAAAAUAUUUGAAUUUUUAAUUCAAGAGUUGGAAAAAAUAACAACAAAAGAAGAACUAAAAGUAAUAUUUGGUCUAUCAGGAAACAUACUUCAGUUAGCAGUUAAAAAUAAUAAAAAUGUUGAUUUUCAUACAAGUUUGUGGAAAAUCAUGCGUAAAUAUCUAAAUUCAUGGGAAAUUUUGGACACAGUAACACAAAAUGAAGGAUGUGAUGAUAGAGAUGAUAACAUUUUCUUAAUCCUUGCUGAUAAAAAUAGUCCAAAAGUCACUGUUGAACUAGUUUGGAAUGAUUUAAAAAAUGUUGUUCUUGCUGAUAAAAGUUUAGAAAAUAAAUUAUUUGACUUUUGGAACGAAUGCAAUACCCAUUUAAUAAACCUUUUAGAAAAUUCAACUGAUAAAAAUGCAAGAAAAAUGUUUAAAACUGCAUGGAAAGAUUUGGUUAGAAACUUCAAGAUUUGUGAAUCGUACCUGAUAGUUGAGAAGAUCCUGAAUCAAGAAAUUUCCAUAAAAGAUUUUAAUGUUUUACAAAAAUUAACUUUUUGUGACACACUUGAUUUCCAUGAAGCAUUUUGGGAAAUCAUGUUCAACCGUUUUGAAAAUAAAGAAGAAUUGAAGGAUCUUAUUUUGAAAAAGGAUGUUAAAGGUAACAAUUUUCUGGACAAUCUAAUAAUUGGCAGAGUAAAAACAGAAAUUAUUGAAUUUACAUUUGAAGUUUUGGAUAAAAAUUUUAAUACUCUUCAAAUUCAAGAGUUGUUUGAAUCACAAAAGAAUCAGAAAAUCGUGUUUUUUAAGAAAAUUAAGAAGGAAUUUCAAAAUUUCAAUACUUUUCAAAGUUUAUGGAAAAUUUUUCGAUAUUUAAACAAUAAAAAGAAUAAAGAUAUUUUGGAAAUUCUUAGAGAAGUCAAUGAGGAUGAUUCAAAUUUCAUUCAUAUUGCUGCAGGAAAUUCAUCGAGUGAGGUUUUUGAAUUUAUAUUCAAUGAAUUAGAGACAAUUGCAUCGAAUGUUGAAAUAAAAGAAAUAAUACUCACUAAUGGAUUUCGAAACGGAAAUUUAUUACAUGAAGCGACUCUUAAAAAUGAAUCUUUGAAAUUGCAUGAAAAAUUGUGGCAAAUUGUUUCAAAGUAUUUGAACUUUUUUGAAAUUAUGGAUUUUAUUCAUCAUCUUGACGGCGAUGGCGAUAAUAUUUUGCAUAAUGUUGUAUUUUGGAACAAUGCUGAAAUUGUCCAAUUGACAUGGAAUAAUAUUACAAAAUUUAUUUGCAAUCGAAAUGAUCAAAUUGAGUAUUUGAAGGAAUCGGGCCACAGACAAGAAAGUUUAUUACAAUUGUCACUUGAAAAUAAAUCAAAUGAUUCUGAAGUUGAAAUUUGGGUUCAAAAUAUAAUGAUAGAAUAUGGAAUAGAAUCAAAUUAA